AUGUCUGCAACGACUGAAAACCUGUUCGUCAGGUAUCAUGGGCACAUCGUGCCUCGGGCCUUCAAUGGCGGCUUUGUCACCCUCAGCUUCGUCGUCAGCCUGAUCGGUGCUGCGUCAACGCUUGAGUUGCUGAAUCGCAGAACUUCGCAUAAGGGAAAGUUCAACCAUUUACUCUUGGUCAGCUCCGCGGUAACGAUGGGUGGGAUCGCUAUUUGGUGCAUGCACUUUAUUGGGAACCGUGCCAUCGAUUUGGCUGACGGUGAGGCCGAGUUACAAAUCGCAUAUUCGAGUGGCUUCACGGCUUUGUCGUUCUUCGUCCCUAUCGCCGUGCUUCUCGCUGCUUUCGUCGCAGUUGGUAUCAAUAAUACUGUUUCGUGGUGGCGAGUUGCCAUCGGAGGAGUCCUUGCCGGUGCCGCCAUAUGUGGAAUGCAUUAUCUGGGUAACAACUCCAUCGAUAACUACAUCUGCAUAUAUAACCCGGCAAACGUCAUAGGUGCAGCUAUCAUCGCUGUAGCUGCCAGCAUCGUCGCACUCUCGCUUUUCUUCGUGUUCCGGGCGGCAUGGACAAACUCGUGGUGGAAGCGGGCAACUUGCGCGGUCGUGCUGGCUGGUGCUGUCUCGGGAAUGCAUUGGUGUGCGGCUACCGGCACAGAGUAUCAGCUCGUCCGCCUCAACACGGGCAGCAAUGAGCUUUCUCGUAACACAACCGUUAUUGUCGUCAUCUGCUUGUCCAUCGGAGCCUGUUUCGUCAUGGGCGGAACAGCCAUAUAUACGGCUAGGAUCAUGAGACGUUACGCUAGCAAAGCUCAGCAGGUCGUGCUGGCGGCUGCGGUAUUCGACAAGCACAACCGUAUUCUCGUCAACCCGGACGGACUCAUCCCUACCGAAAAAAUUACAGAUACAUUCCUCGAGAAGAACGCCACAGAUAAUUUCAGCAUCUCUCACCCACUUUUCCUUUGGAUGUUCCAAGCAUCUAGGAAUUGGUCGGGGAUCUCGACCCUCGUCGGCGGAAUGACGAACCAUCUGGCCCACCUCCCUCGUCGAGGCCGCGACCGUGACUCUCGGGCGGGUAUCCAACUGAUCAACGAGCAUGGCGAGUUGAUCGAGAACUAUGACGUGAUCUUCCGCGAGCUUUUCUGCGUCGCCGCCGCAGGUCUUGCCGAGAAGAUGAAAGAACACUUGACAUCUGUUGGCCUCCUGUGGGAUGAGAUUCUGCCGACGGGGGCGGGGGGCGAGCGUCCAGGAACGCAAGAAAACGGGCUACAGGAGCCCGAGACCGUUCUGAAUCCGGAUGGGACUGUACGCAAGGCUGAGUUAUCAGGUACCAUGGACGACAUGGCCGAGAAGGGCCUCAGCCGUCACAAGCCACAUGAGUUCGGCCGUGGGUCGCUCAUGUUCUUGGUUCGCCGAGUCCAGACCGAUCGAGAGAUUGAAAGGCUCGAGGCUGCCGGGUACAGGUUCGCAGAACUGCGACAGGUCGGCAACAUUAUUGGGUCCAGCAUGCAGAUCAAGUCGUCCGAUCUCGAGUCGAAGCUCCGAAAUAUGGCUGCGUAUGCGGAUGACAACAAUCAACUCGAACCUGGUGUUCACAUGGGCUUCUUUGGCAUCCGCGCACGCGUUGGUGGCUAUGGGUUCGAUGUUCUCGUGCGCAAGGGUGCACGAAACUUGCUCCCCAGCGUGCAGAUGCCGAUCGACCGCAUCGAACCUUGGCAAGUGGAUUUCCUCCGACAACUAGACCGCUUGACGCCCCUGGGUGUAAGCAGACGGCUUACCGCGUUGGGCAAUCUGGGCACGCGAGAGAUGCUCUUUGCCUCACAGUUGACCGACAGCAUCGAUGCACUGCGGACAUGGAUUGAUGACCCAACCUUCAACGAAGCAAUCCUGACGCCCACGGUUGUCACCCUGCCAGAAGACCACGGUCCUGGCGAGAACUCGUCGUCGCGUCAAACCAGCCUCGUUACGUUUCGGAUGGUCAUCCCGAUUCACGUAAACGUUUCUAGCAGCAAGUGCGAGUUCAUACCAUUGAACUUCUUCAAAGUACACCAGCUGGUCGGUCGCAACGCGUCCCGGCACCUUGCUUUUACCCAAUCAGUGCAUCGCGAACUGGCGCCCGUGAUUCAAUCUGUCCCGCUUGAAAAGCCCAAGCCCGUGGUACAGAGUCAGAGGCAGUCGCGUCUGCCGUCGUCCCUCCGGAAACUCGUUCACUUCGGCUCGUCGUAUCCCGUCGAUUCCGAAGGCAACCCUAUUCCGACAGUGCUUGGGCGGUCCUCUUCCGCGACGAAUUCGAACGAGUCGAGCUCGACUCUCAAGCUGUGGCCAGGGCGACGCAGUAGCGAUGCCCUGUCGCCGGGUAGUUCAAGCUUCGAUGCGCCUCCGGCGUACCCGACUCAUGAAACACCGACGCAAGCAUCACCUUUCGGGGGUAUUAUGGUUUCGGAAGAGAUCAGAGUCGAAGUUCAUUCGGCUGGGGAGGUUGCGCAGUCAACUUCUCAAGAGACGAGCCAAAAGAACCGCCGAACGCCAACCAUGAUAGGCAAGAGGAUCAGUGACAAUCCUGUAACCGUAUCUGGUGGAAUUGCGGGCGAACAGGCGGUUCCGGUAGCGGACGAGGCACGAGUGAGUGGCUCGAAUGGUGGUGGAAUCGAGAUGCGGAUGCUACAGGUAGCCGAAGUGAGAACCAAGGUCCAUGCUGGCGAUGGUGUUCAGAUCUCCAACGUUGAGGCAGAAAGGGUGAACGACAUACCAACCUUUGUGGACGAGCUAUUUACCAUUUGCAUCGAAAGCCGUUGA